GCCGGGUCAGCCGCCCGCCCCCGGCGCCGGACUUUAGCCUCCACCCCCCAGAGGACCGACUGCCCAGAGCGCGGGUCCUGGGGCUCCCUGGGCGGGACCGAUCCCGGGGAGCCCCCCGACUGCCUCGUAGGGCAGGGUGGGGAAGGGGAUCCCAGCCCGCCGCCGCCUCCGAGCAGGCCUCCAGGUGAGCGCCGGGACAGGCCUCCGGCAGCCGGAGAUGGGCGCCCGGCCCUCGCGGCGGCGGCUGCCCGCGGACCCUCCCAUAGCCUUGGACGCGCUGCCCCCGGAGCUGCUCGUGCAGGUGCUGAGCCACGUGCCACCGCGCGCGUUAGUGACGCGCUGCCGCCCCGUGUGCCGCGCCUGGCGCGACGUGGUGGACGGACCCACCGUGUGGCUGCUGCAGCUGGCCCGCGACCACAGCGCGGAGGGCCGCGCGCUCUACGCGGUGGCCCAGCGCUGCCCGCCCAACAGCGAGGACGAAGACGAGUUCCCGCUCUGCGCUCUGGCGCGCUACUGCUUGCGAGCGCCGCUAGGCCGCAACCUCAUCUUCAACUCCUGCGGAGAGCAGGGCUUCAGAGGCUGGGAGGUGGAGCACGGCGGGAACGGCUGGGCCGUGGAAAAGAACCUAAUACUGGUGCCGGGCGCUCCUUCCCAGACCUGCUUCGUGACUUCUUUCGAAUGGUGCUUCAAGAGGCAGCUUGUGGACUUGGUGAUGGAAGGGGUGUGGCAGGAGCUGCUGGACAGCGCCCAGAUUGAGAUCUAUGUGGCCGACUGGUGGGGAGCCCGGGAGAACUGCGGCUGCAUCUACCGGCUCCGUGUCCGCCUCCUGGACGUGUACGAAAACGAAGUGGUCAAGUUCUCGGCCUCACCCAACCCGGUCCUUCAAUGGACUGAAAGAGGCUGCCGACAGGUCUCCCACGUCUUUACCAACUUCGGCAAGGGCAUCCGCUAUGUGUCUUUUGAGCAGUAUGGAAGAGACACACGUUCCUGGGUGGGGCACUACGGCGCCCUCGUGACCCACUCCACCGUGAGGGUCAGGAUCCGCCUGUCCUAGCUAACCAGCCUGAUUCGGCCUUCCAGGACAGACGGUCACCUGCCAGACACCACCAUCAAUCAAGAUCGGCUUUGCAGCCAGGAGCCAGAGAGAGGAUGCCCAAGGACAGUGGGGGUCCCAUGUGGCCUGUUCCCAGAACGCUUCCAGUGAACCCCACUUGCUGCUGCUUCAGCCUGGUGGCCCCCAUGCUGUUUGAGAAACCAGGGAUGCAACCAGGCUGGUCACUUGCUUCCCCAGCUUCCUGGGGGAGUGUCAGAGAGUAACUCAGAGACCUGUACUUUACUUGCAAUUUUUUUUCUCACACGUGUGGAUAUCAGUUGAUAGACUGAGUCAAAAAACAAAGGCCAAACCAGAUUUCAAAAAGAGGAAAGCUGCUGACAAUCUUGGACAGGGACUCUUGUCAGCAUAUUUUGGGGGUAAGGCGAUUGCUGGCAGGGAGCAGAAAUCCUUGAGGGGACCAUCAGGGGCCUCAAAGGGUGCCCUUCCUGUUGUUUUGGGGAGUCUCUGGGACUCAGCAGUGGGGCCCAUGCAACCUCCUCCGGCAACACGCCCAUCAGCACCUCCCCUUUGGGCCAGACCGGUGCCAUUUCUUUCAGCAUUUCUGAGGGCAGUUCUGUGCAGACUCCCACACUGUAUCCUCCACCCCCACCUCCUGCCCCUGCCUCAGCGGUAGCUCACCUCCUACCAGGCGACAGCCCCCUUUUCUCCACACUUGAGCUCGCUUCCAGAUGGACCCCAGGAGCAAGGCGAGCUGUGAAGGAAAGCUCUCCUGCCCCGACUCCCCUCCUGUCUCCCACUGUCUCCCCAGCUGAGUGCAGCCAACAAGCUAGCUCAAUACAAUCGGUGCUAAGCAUGAGGUGAUGGGGAACUUUUGUCUGUAAUCGAUGUGCUUGUCUGCCCCAAGCUCUGACCGUAGAAAGCCUCAGGGGAUGUUUCCAAUCCUGAGAACUUCAGGUGUGCUCAGUGCCACGCAAGAAACAGGUGAGCUUCGAGAACCCAGAGACAGGCUACAAGGAUUCACCCAACAGCACCCGUGCCCCAUCUCAGCUGUUCUCUCAGCAGCUCUCAGGGAGGCACUGUUACCACUGCCAUUUAGUCCAGAAGGAAACAGGCUCAGAGUUCAAAAGGCCUGCUCAGGGUCACCUGGCCAAUAAGUAGGGGGAAACGGACUUGCACCAGACGGUGGGCUCCAAAGCCUGAUGAUAUAAGCUCAGCUCCCAAAUCUUAAAACCUAACAGGGCCAAGCACGGGACCAGGUGAGGUCAGCAUCAUGAGACUCUCAGUGCCAUUUUGCAAGGGAGGAAACUGAAGCCAGAGGGGGAACAAAUACACCCAGAGUCACAGAACAAGGAAGAGGUGGAGGCAGGGUUUGAACCCAGGUGUGUGUGAGUCUGAGAAUAACAGGGAAGAGCAGCACACACAUUCCAUCCUUUCAACAUCCCUUCGUCACCAACAUUACAGUGACUGCCCCUUCUCAGAUCAGGAAGCGUCACAGCAGGGCUUUCAAGCCCAGGCCCUCAGCCUGCAGGAAGGGGAACUGGAC